GGGCUGCGUUCCACGUUGAGCCCGGGCCCUGCGCGGCUGAGAAAAGCCGGGCUUCUCUGGCCCGCGGAGGACUCGACUCGCUGGUGCGCGCUUUCAGCCCCGAGCAUCUGGCGUGACAUGAGGUUUCUACACGCGGCGGUGAGCUGGGAACCUGCGGAGCUGUGAGCAUCCCAAAGUCUAGGUUGCUGUUGUUACAUUGAGGCGCUUUGGGGAGAUGAAGGCCGGAAGUCCCCCGAUUUGCUACCGUCGAUCCCAGGGGGCUUUGAGAUUGCACAUCUGAUGGGGUUGGAUCCGGUUCCUGUCCACUUAACCGUGUGGCCCUACUUUGUACGUCUUGUUUAAUGCGAAUAGAGACCCCGCUGCCAGAAUUGUACGAUCUGAAGCAGGUCUAGCACCGUGAGAGUCUCGAGUUAAACAAAAAGAAAAGCAAAAACCUCUAAAAAGGGAUUUGGAAACAUCUCUAAAUAUUUGUAACUGUAUAAGCCACUAAAGAGAAAGUGACCCAAACAAAACUACUUGAAUAACUGAAACAGGUUUAUGUUCUGUGUCAUCAAUUCUAUCCAGAAGCUGAGGAGUCUCCCUUUGAACUGAAGGAUUGUACGAGGAUGACCUUCCAAUUUAAUUUCACUAUACAUGACCAUCUGGAAAAUGAAUUAACGCCCCCUGGAGAUGGAACUUUGACCCCAAAUUCCUCAAAAGAGUCUUCAGUCUCAGAAAGUCAAAAAGGUAAACACAAGGACACAAAAUGUUCUACAGAACAGUCUGUCUUGCCUCCGAAUCACUCGUGGGGACCUAAGUCAGUGGGACAUGCAGCUCCCUCCCAAGACACAUGCAACUCACUCAAUGCAGCUCACAGUUCAGGGAACUUAGAGCCUCAUGAAAAACAGCCUUGCUUGAGACUUGCCAAAGAGCAUGCUGUGCCUAAAGAUUUAAAGAAAGUGUUAGAAAAUAAAGUCAUAGAAACAUUACCAGGUCUCCAGCACGUUAACAUAUCGGUAGUGAAAACCAUCCUGUUGAAAGAGAACUUCCCUGGAGAAAACAUCGUUUCAAAAACCUUUUCGUCGCACUCUGAUCUGAUUACCGGUGUUUAUGAAGGAGGUUUAAAAAUCUGGGAAUGUACCUUUGACCUCCUGGCUUAUUUCACAAAGGCCCAAGUGAAAUUUGCUGGGGGAAAAGUGUUGGAUCUUGGCUGUGGAUCAGGGUUGCUGGGUUUAAUUGCACUCAAGGGAGGGGCCAAAGAAGUUCAUUUUCAAGAUUAUAACAGUUUGGUGAUCGAUGAAGUAACUUUACCUAAUGUGGCGGCUAACUCCACUUUGGAAGAUGAAGAAAAUGAUGGAAAUGAGCUGGACGUGAAAAGAUGCAGGAAAUCAAAAGUAGCACAAAAACUAGGUCAAUGCCGGUUCUUUUCUGGGGAGUGGUCUAAGUUUUGUAAGCUUGUAACCAGUGAAAAACACUUUGAAAAAUAUGAUCUCAUUCUCACCUCAGAAACGAUUUACAAUCCGGAUUACUAUGGUACUUUGCACCAAACAUUCCUUCAAUUGUUAGGUAAAAAUGGGCGGGUGCUUUUGGCCAGCAAAGCACAUUAUUUUGGUGUAGGUGGAGGUGUUCAUCUCUUUCAGAAGUUUGUAGAAGAAAGGAAUGUAUUUAAGACUAGAACACUUGAAAUAAUUGAUGAAGGACUAAAAAGAUUCCUAAUUGAAAUGACUUUUAAGUAUCCUAGUUAAUGUCCACGAAGUGCCCUAAGUAAAAUAAA